AUGCUGCGGUUUUCGGUGCGUCAGGUGUGGCGCUUCUCGAAUAUCUUCCAGAUUGACAGCCAAAGAAUUCCACAUACUCGAUUCUUUUUGCACAACGUUCACAUUGAACGAAUAAGCAAUUUGACUGGUCGUAAACGUGUUGUGGGGCGAAAGGCGGGAAGGCUUUCGAGGUUAAGUGCAUAUGAGGAGGAUAUGCUAGCAUGCUUUAAGACGUACAAGGAAAAAAUGGGGGAUCUUCUGGUACCACAAGCAUUUAUUGUGCCAUCGGGUGAUUCGAGCUGGCCAAAUACUCAGUGGGGACGUAGACUCGGGCGGGCAGUAAAUCGUAUUAGAAAAUUGUUGAAAUUUCAAGCAACCGAACAAAUUAUGUCGGCGGAAAUGAUCGAAGGGCUCCAUGAAAUUGGCUUUGUGCAAGACGUAACACAGUACAAAUGGGACCACGAAGUUCUUCCAAGUUUACGCCAAUUUGAAAAGUUACAUGGUAACUCGGAUGUCCCUAGUCACUUUGUGGUGCCUGAGGGAGAUGAAGCCUGGCCAAAGGCCGCUUGGGGCCGAAAACUUGGACUGACUGUUGUCGAUAUGCGAGCAGGUAAAACUUUCGUUUCUCAAAUGGUCGAAUCCAGAUCAGAGCUGGAAAAACUGGAUUUUUGCUUCACGUCAAUUCCUGAUCGCGAUUGGGCGGAAAAGAUACUUCCUGCGCUUCAUGUACAUCGACAAAAAUUUGGACAUUGUGUUGUCAAGCAGUUUUUUAAAAUUCCAUCUUGCCAACCAUGGCCUACGAAGGCGUGGGGGAUGCCGCUUGGUCAUAUUGUAAGAGAUAUACGUCUAAGAAAAGCGUACUUGAAGCAAGCUACCCGCGAUAAGAAGAUUUUGAACACUAUCGAUUUUGCAUGGAACCGCAGCGCAACAGUCUGGACUGAACAAGUCAUUCCAGCAAUUCGAGUUUAUUCACAAGUCUUCAAAAAUGGGUUCAUCCAGCGAAAUUUUGUUGUUCCGAGCGAAGAUCCUUGGCCGGAGCGUGCGUGGGCGAUGAAACUAGGAACUGUAAUUGGCGAGGUGCGAAAUAGAGGAACCUAUUUUCGACAUUUUGGUCGUGAUGCGGAACUGCUGGAUGAGCUAGGAUUUGGAUUGCGAUUAUCUCAAAGUGCGUGGCAAAAUCGAGUUGCCCCGUUGCUUGACAUAUACGAAAGGCAAUACGGCGACAGCAAGGAGAUUUCCGACAACUUUAUCAUUCCUUCGGAGGCUCCUUGGCCUGAAGAUAUGUGGGGUGUCCGGCUCGGGCUUAUCGUGAAACGCAACUUUCCACAAUUGUCGACAGGUAGCGAACAACUCGUAACCCCAAGAUCAACUGCCAGUAUGAUACGUUUCCCAGUGUAA